CGGCUCCCCGUGGCGUUGGGGCGAGUGGGCGGUUACUCACCGCUGCGUGAUUCACAAACCUUAUUUGUUCCUACUACUUUGAGCGCCAUCUUGUUCGCAACUUCUAGCCACUAGUUUGCACUCAAGGGGGUGUCCACUCCGGUUACCCCGCUCUUGCUCUCCAUUGCGCGGGUAUCUCGAUCUCGCUUGCUUUCACCAUUCAACUUAUCACGUUCGCUUACAUCACCCCCGUCAAUUCUUUGUUUGCUUUUGGACUGGGAAUCUUUCCAAGCGGACAGAAAUGAGCAUCGAAACGCUUCUGGAAGCUGCCAGGUUUUUGGAAUUGCAAGCCCAGCAACAACAGAGAGCACGUGAGGAUGAACUCAAAGAGAAGCUGCGUCUGGAUAUGCUGACGGAGCAAAGACUCGCUGACGUGAACAAGUACAACUGCAGAGGCCACAUCAACAAUGUUUUUAAAGCAGAGGAGCUUAUCACUGAGCGGCCCCCGGCCUCCAUCCCGCCGUCCCUGCCUCGCCCCUCCAUGCCCAUCGCGGUCAUCCCCAUCCCGGUUGUCAAACCCACAACCGCCGGCUCCCCUUCUCUCCCUGUGGCCUUGCUCUCCCACCCCGCUGCUCCCCCUGUAGCCUCCCCCAAAAGGGAGCCUCCUUCCCCUCAGGAACAAGGUGUCGUCGCUCCGCCGCGUUCCCCCCAACCCCAACCCCAACCGCAUGACCCGAACCACAAACUGCCCCCGCAGAACCAUGAACAUCACCCGACGCAGCUCCUCGCUCAAACCAACAGCACUCACACACAACAGCAGCAGACGCCCCAACAGCUCCUUCAGCGCUAUCCGGGUUCCAUCGUCUCACCCCCCCAUCCGCCUGCGGUGCACCCCCAGACCCUACAGCCAACCCCCUUGGUCAACGGCCCCAGCAGUCGGGCGAGUCCUCCUGAUGACGGGCGACUACUUGACCAAAAGAAACGACCCGGAGGGGCAGGUACCAGAGAAGUGCAUAACAAGCUCGAGAAAAACCGACGAGCCCACUUGAAGGAGUGCUUUGAGACCCUGAAAAAGAACAUCCCCAACAUCGAUGAAAAGAAAACCUCCAAUUUAAGUGUGCUGAGAAGUGCUCUGAGAUACAUCCAGACGCUGAAGCGCAAAGAGAAGGAGUAUGAGCACGACAUGGAGCGCCUGGCCCGCGAGAAGAUCGCCACGCAGCAGCACUUGGAGGAGCUGAAGAACGAGCUGAGCCAGUGGAUGGACGUGGUGGAGAUUGAGCGCGUGCUGCGGCAGACGGCGCAGCCCGAGGAGGAUCAAGCUUCCACUUCCACUGCCUCAGAAGGCGAAGAGGUGAUGGACGAGGACGAUGAGGACGAAGAAGUGAUGGCGCGACCUCCAAGCGAGUCGCCCGCUGCCCCUCAGGCCCACAAAAGCGAGAACCUCCACCUGACGCCCGUCACCGCCGCCCUCUCCUUGACUGUGACCGCCCCCACGCCCUCUUUCAUCGCCCAUCAGGUGUCGGCGCUGCAGCCGCCGGCCAAGCCCCCUGUCCCCGGCGCGGCCCCCGCCGCUGGCCAGCCCACCUUACACCCAACCGUCAUCGCCCACGCAUCUGCCUCGCACCCGUCCGUCAUCCAAGCGGUCAACCAUGUCAUCCAGGCAGGUGGUCCGAAACACAUCGCCCAGCUGGCGCCGGGGCAGCCGCCCAUCGGCCACAUUACCGUGCACCCGGUGGCCCACCUGAGCCCCCACCUCCCUGCCCUGUACCCUCAGCCAGUGGCUGUCACACAGCCCGCGUUGAUCAGCCACAUUGCGCACACGUUGGGCCACGUCAACGGCGCCGCUAACCCACCCCCACCUGGCGCCGCCAUCAUGGGCAAACAGACCGUAGUAGCCCACCACUCGCAGCUUGUGGGCCAGACUGUCCUCAACCCUGUCACCAUGGUGACCAUGCCCUCCUUUCCCAUCAGCACUCUGAAACUCGCCUGAAGCGGCUCACCGACACCCCUCUGUACGUGAACAUCGCGCCGACCGUCAAGGAGGGCUCAGUGGAUCCGGGUGUCGACAUAGGCACCCUCACAUGUCAC